UUGCUACGCAGUCUUUGUGCUUCUCAGCGGUAAUUUUAUUAGUUUAUAACAUUAUUUCUAAACUUUUGUUGUAGCAAGUGCUAAAAAAAAUUCAUUUUAGGAAUUACUGCUAGUUGUCUUGGAAGAUGGACGAAAAAAUUCAAUGGGUGGAGCCUACUAUGACGGCUACUCCAGCCUCGUCUGGUACAAGCGCACCUGUUCUGACGGAAUCCGACGUGAAUACUUGGCGGGAGAACGGGUACUGUUUAGUGAACGAUCUCUUUCCUGAGAACCUGUUAAAACUGGUGGCAAAUGAUUGCAACAAUGUUUUCCCAUCACCGUUAUCCGAAGAAGCAAAAAAAAUUAAUUAUUACGGAGGUUUCGUCAACUUCCCGUCGACUUACGACUCGGUUAAUCAAUUACCGCUGCACCCACGCAUGAUGGCCGCUGUGGCACAAUUGUUCGGCAUGAAGGACCUCACUGACGUCCGUCUCACUCAGACGGAAGUUUGGCCCAAAUACGGUCGCAACGACUCUAGUCACGAAAACAACGAAGAGGACAAUGCUGACCAACGCAUGCACUGCGACUUCCCUAGUCACACGCUUACGCAUCCGCCUCCUUGGGACGAACCUGAUGCAGUCUCUAUCAUCUUGUACCUUUCGGACGUGGAUGAGUGUUACGGUGCCACAGCCGUCGUACCUCGCACAGGAAAAGAUGAUCCAGCAUAUACAUAUCCGCUUUCUCAAAUGCCGGGUUUCGGCACGACCGAAUGGAAAAACAACCGGAAUAUAGCUGAAGCCUACCUACGAGAAGUAGCUCCAGAGGUGGCACAAUACCGUGCCGAACACUUGUACCCCCGCGAAAAGCGGGUUCGCUACCGGUUCGGAACAGUGCUAUUCUACCGACAGGACGCUUGGCAUAGAGGUACAGAGCUCAAGCCGGGCUGCUUGCGUGUCGUCGUCAACAUGACGUAUCGCAAAGCCAUAGCCGAAUGGAUAAGCACCAUGCACAUUGGUUGGGCGUGGGCAAUGAUGCGCAAAAAUCUCCCCUUAGAGAAUCUGGUGGCGAAAGCCACUGUCGAGCAGCGUUGCAUUUUGGGGUUCCCGAAACCGGGGCAUUCGUACUGGACGCCCAUGACCAUUGCAGCCGUUGCCGCUCGUUACGAAGCACUUGGCAUGGAUAUGAAGCCAUACAUUGAAGCCAUUAAACAAUAGUUCAGUGUGUCCAGGUAUUAGUAGUAAAUAACGUAGAGACCAAACAAAGAAAUAUUUUGGGUGAAAUAAAAAUUUUGGGCGACAAUUCAA